CCGUUUAGAUUUGUUGGCUCAUAAUCAAGAUUUGGAAUUAGGUCGUUUAAGAUCGUUGCGAUUUAUUCAUAAAUAUAUUAAUCCAAUACAGGAGGUGCGACUACGAACUACGAGACUUAAACCAUACAUACUAAUAGAGACGAUGGAAGUUCUGCGGAGAAAACUUGUAGAAAACAAGGCUGCCAUAUUGGCUGACCUUGACCUAAACAGAGAAUUACUGUCGAUGCUCUCCCGAAUGGAGGUACUCGACAUCACUGACUGUGUUAAAUUACAGCAAAUGGAGAGCGUAAGAGAGAAGAACAGUUUGUUUGUUGAGAUGCUACAGGAGAAAAUCACCGAAGAGACUUAUACCGGGCUUAUUGAGUGUCUACAGAAAACGAAACAAGAAGCAGUUAUUACCCACUUGAUGGACGUGAGGGAGGAGAUGAUGAUUCUUUCACAUAUUCAGACUCAGCUAGAUGACCGUUUGAAUGAAAUGACAAGGUACUUGAGUACAGAAGAACGCCGCGCAGGUAUAUAUCUAACUGAAGCCCCGAUCGAUGAUCCCAGCGAUAUACCUUCAAUGACAGAGGAAGAGGUAUGGAAAAACGUGCAAGCAACUAUGAAGAAAUCCAACCAACAAUUGAACCGGUGUAAGGCUGUAAUCAUCAAACUACACCAAGACUGCGCAACUGUUGCCAAACAGAAUACUGAUAUCAUUGAACAUACUAAAGAGUGUGAUGCAAAAAUCAAAAGUGUCCUAUCGUAUGGGAGACAGUCUGCAAAGCAAAAUACAGUUCCAAAGAAAACUCAGGAUCUAUUUGGAAAUCUUAUGGAUGAUAUUGAGAAACUAGUGAAAUCUAGGAGAAAUGUUAUUGAUAAAGAAACAGAAGGUAAGAGACAUUCCACUAGGAUUGUAAGGCAAUGUCGAGAUUGGAUCGAGGGAAGGUCGGUUGUCCUUACCAAACUAGCUUCUACACCUGGUCCGGGAGCCUACAGGAGCGCGGAGGAUGGGAAGCCGCUUGUGCCUUUUAAACGACCAGCUCCAAAAGUUGCUAACAAUGGAACGAUAUCAAUUCUUGAUUCAUUACAGCUACUUGAACAAGAGCUUCAGGACUAUAUUCACAAGGAGAUAUUGGUGACAGACAAGUUAAGAUCGGAACUGCGAUUAAAACAUUUGCAGGAAAAAGUUCAUGGUUUUAAUGUACAUGGUAUUGGUGAUGUUGAAAGUGCUUUAGAGAAUAUAGGCAAGGACCCUGAGCAUGUAGAAGAAAAUCUUGCGAUUGUUAGAUCCUGUAUAAAAGAGAUAAACAAAGAAUACAGUGAAUGUUGUGCUUUUCUUAAAAGAGUCAGACCUCCUGAACAAGGAAAUACUGCGACGCAGGAAAAUGCUUCUCCCAGUAAGAAAGAUCCAAAACUAACGGCACGAAGUUGGCCAUCGAAUUUUAAAAGGGGACACAACUCUGACGGUGGAAGAAAUAAACCAAUCGACAAUUAUUCUAACCCACAUGUGAAGUCUGAACCAAAUCAACUUCUAGAGCAGUUAAAGGAAUUCAUAUCAAAACAUGAAGAGCUGAAAAGCGAAGACCAGGUGGUAGGCAAUAAGUACAGGGCUGAAAUGUCAAAACGAAAGAGAGAUAUGGAGAUCGCUGUGCACAGGAAAGAUGACCAGAUAAUGCGGCUACAGCUUGAAAAUAAAGAAGCCACUGCUGAAAAAGAAAAAUAUAGAAAACUAUACAACGACACCAAGAUUGGCGUUCAAAGAAACUUUGAAGCAAAUUGAAGAAAGGCAAACCUGAUAUUUUGACUGUUUUCACAUGCUACUUUUGUCGGGUUAAACGUUUUUGUUAAUUAUAUUCAUUAUUAUACUAGUAUAACAAAGCUGUUUCAGGUAUUCGUGUUGUUUAUGCAUGUGUAACGAUAGAGAAUAGCUAUAAAGGACCACUAGCAAUGUACAGGUCCUAAUUUCUCGAAACAUUCCUAGAUAACUGGCAGCACGAAUCUUAUUAAGUUUACCAUUUAUGAUGUUACUUACUAAGUGGAAUUCGCAAAUUAUAACUAGGUAACUAGUUCGUGCAAAAAGCAUAGCAAGAAAUGCAUUUAUAGAUAACUGGGUACACGAAUCUUAUAUAGAUGCCCAUUUAUUAUGUUAUUUUUUAAGUGAAAUUCGAAAACCAUAACAUGAUAAAUAGUUAGUGUUAUACAACAUGAAAAGGUAACAAGUGGCAGUUCUGGCAUUUAAUCUUGUUUUUGUCUUAUUGUAAUUAUCUUACC